AUUGAUGUUUAAUGUCGAAUUAUUUAUGAAUAUAAAGCAAUGACGAUUGUUGACAUCAAUAUUUUUUGUGAACAAAAAUUAAUGAAUAUAAAAUAAUGGCUACAUGUAGCCAUAAUGAUGAUAUUAUCAUGACUAAUCUUAACGAUAAACAAGAUAUUCAUUAUCAUCUAUGUCAUCAGGCUCCAUUAAUUACUGUUUUCGGUGAGUUGAGCGAUUUUCUACUUCAGGGACAUUUGGCCACACAGAUCAAUUCGGAUCUUGCUCGUGAAAGUAUUGAUUGGCAAAACUUUUAUGAUGUUUCACCGAUUCCGGUAUAUGUUGAAGCAUAUUUCGUACGUUUAAAUGAUCGUCAACAUUUGUUAUGGGAUCCACCACCUACACCAAAAUCACCAAUUAUCGAUUCGCCAUCCCAAUCGACACCAACAACAGCCAAACUUUCAGCAACUAUUUCUAACAAUGAUUCAACCAUCGGAUCAAAUCGUAUACGUCAAUUAAAUGCCUCAACAUUGAAACGACAUCAUUCGUUUCAGAAUAUGAUAACAUCUGCCUCAAAUAUUAAUGGUCAAAAUGUCCGUUCAAUAUUAGGAUCGCAUACGAAUUCUAAUUCAGCCAUAGCUGAUUCACAACAGCAACAACAACAACAACAACAACAAUCGCUUUUAUCGAUUGAUUAUCAUCAUCUGUUCAAUUUGUUGAGUCGAAGAUAUCUUGUCAAUAAUGGUGCACGCGUUUUACUUAAUUCAUAUUGGCUUGAUUCAAAUCAUGAUCUCGAAAGCUAUAAUAGCCAGAUACGCGAUUCAUUGUUGGAUUGGUUUCAAAAAAUUCUUCAAAUUGCAACAAAUCAACAUCAACUUGGUUUAAAUCAGGAUUUUAGUCUUGAUUUUUUUGUUGUUAUUGUUAUCCGUAACUGUAUCAAUUCAAGCAACACAUGUAACAAUCGAAUGACAACGACGAAACACUCCCAAGAACAAUUGCUCAAUCUGAACAACUUAGUUAAUGAAACAAAUUCUUCAUCACGAUCAUCAUCAUCAACAGUAAAUCUGACCACAGCUAAAGCCCCAAAGAAUAGUGAUAAAUCACCAAAUAUUGGUAAAAAACAAAUGAGCCGAAUUCAAACACAACCACCACAUCCAUUAUCAUCAUCAAUGUCAUCAUUAAAUACUACGGGUCAUGGAAGUGCUGGAUCGCUGUCACAAUCGCCCACCUACCUAACUCAUCAACAAUUAGCAGAUCAGAUUCGUAAUGACCUUCUCGUUUGUUUUCAGCUUUUUCGCCAAAAUCAAUCCACCAAUUGUAGCAAUAUGGCACAAAGUGGAAUUCCAUCAAAUAAUUCUCGUAUCGCUCAUCAACUCCUGGAACGCAUAAUUAUUUUUGAUUCAACAUCUAAUUCUUCAUCGAAUGCCCAAAAUAUGUCAAAUAUGAAUCAAUCCAAUAUUUCGACAGGUUCAAAUACGGGUGGUUCUGUAACAAAUAAUAUGGCUACAUCAACUAAUCCGAUUUUGUCAAGCACGGCUCGAACAUUCUCGGCACUGAGUAAUUUUUCUACUAGUUCAAUUAAAAUUGCGCCAACCUCGAUGAUCUUAAUGUCACCGACAAAAAGUGGAUCUCGUUUAUCUAAAACGUCUGCGUUAUUGACGGGUACGUCAUCCACGUCAUCAUCAUCAUCUUCAUCUGUAGCUGGAUCAAUGUCAUCAACAGUCAGUUAUAAUUACAGUCAAUUUAUUAUCAAAAUUCGUCAGUUUUUGUUAGAAUUUUACUCAAAACAAUUUCAUUGUUUUGAGAAAUUGAUACGCCAUAUUCGUGAACUUCGUACCGACCCGGAUUGGGAUUUUUUUGGGUUCUUUUUGCUUCAAGAAGAACUUGCUUUUGCUCAUGAAUCGCUUGGUCUUUAUAAUAAAGCAUUGGUUCAAUAUGAUGAGCUUGAUGCCCUUUUUUCUCAAUUAAUUCUAAACGCUUCACAUCAUGGUGGUUUCGGCGCACCACGAUGGCUUCGUUAUCGUCUUAUGCAAUCGAUCGAUGAUUCAUUAAUUAUGGAAAAUGAAACAAAUAGUAAUAAUAAAAAUACCAAGUCAGAAGCUUGGACCGGUCUGUGCCUUUGUAAUCAAGAAUCAAUCAUGAAACUACGAAUGUCGAUAGUCGAAUCUGUUUUGGCCGAUAUUUCAACCACUGUAUCAGAUUUCUCAUUAUCAUCUAGUCCCCUGCUCGGUGGCGAUCCACUUGGUGUGCAAAUAAAACCGAACAGUCAUCAAAUUAGUUUAUUAGAUUUCCGUAAUUAUCUUUAUGCACGCCAAUGUCAUUUAUUGUGUUUGUUGAACAAACCAUGGGAAUUGGCUUCUCGAGCUCUUCCAUUUUUACAAACGGCUGUUGCCGAAUUGAACAUGUUAGAGAUUUCGAUGACUCCUGGAGGUAUCGCAUGUUGGGUGUUUCUUUCAGUCCUCGAAAUUUUGCAUAAAUGUGAACGAUAUAGUGAUUCAUCUCAAUUGGAAUCAUAUUCCUAUCAUACUGUAGGCCUAUGGUCAUACGCACGUGAUAAUUUAAUUGAGCUUGGAAAAAUCUGUAAUUUAAUGCCCUAUGGUGAUUCCACAAUAUAUGGUGAUAUCAAAUCGACAAAUACUCGUUCAUCCUAUUCAUCUGAACAUUUACAUCGAAUGGUUGAAUUAGUGGCUGGUAUGGGUGCAGAUCCACAUAUCCGUCCAUCAAGUUCCAGUCAAAGUGAUGAUGAUUGGAUGAGUCCACAAGAACGUUUAAAAGAUGCCCUUUCAUCUCCAGAAUCAUUUUUGCGUCAUUAUCUAGAAAUAACUGAAUUAACAAUGGGAACCUACAAACAUAUCGGUCAUAUUCGCUGCGCCCGAUUGAUUGGAAAACAAUUAGCCGAGUUGAAUCUGAAACUAAACAAACCACAACAGGCAUUACCUUUCUUGUUGGAUCUGUAUCAUAUGUUUCAGAUGGAACAUUGGUCAAUGCUCAAGCAAGAAGCAUGUCGUUUAUUAGCUCAAUGUUUGGAACAACUUUAUUUCAAUAUUUCAAAUACAUUGAUACAGCCUGUUACUGAUCACCAAUCAUCUUCAUGUAAUAAUUUCAAUCUAGAGCCAAUUAUACGAAGUGCUUUUCGUACAUACCUCAUAUUAUUUUUAAAGCCAGAAGGAUUAUUAACAAUUCAAUCACAAAAACUAUUCGAUUCGGGUAGCCAUCUGGUGGAUAUGUGCCAGAAUAAAAAUCUAUCACAAUAUUAUUGCCAUAAUUAUCUGGAAUCCAUGUUUCGUCUUAUACGCCAUUAUGAAAUGCGUGCUUUCAAACUUAAAGACAUGUUGUUUAAACAAUCGAACGAAAAGUUGCCAGAAAACUUGGCUAAUUUCGAAUGGUUGAAUCAAAAAUUAUUGGCCAUACAUAAUUCUCAUUCUGACCUGUUUAAUGAAGGAUCGUCAAAUUCCUCGAUUGGUGGUCGAUCUAGUUCACGGUCAUCGCCUAAUGAUCCAAUUGGUUGCAAUUCAAAUUCGUCUUCCAGCUCGAACAUUAACAAUAAUUUUGGCGAUUCAACCGAAUCAACCAUUAAAAAACAACGAAAUAAUCAUCAAGAAUCAAAUUUCAACAAAGCGAAUUCAAAUGAACUUCUGGCCAGUCAGCAACAGCAACAAUGUGGUAGAAGCUUUAAUGAUCCAGGGUUAGGUCGUAGUUAUUCGCAUCAUUCAUCAUCAUCAUUGUCAUCAUCAUCAAAUUAUAAUGAGCCAAAUUUUUUCCAAAUCGAAUCUAUUGAAAUAGACUGUGAUUCAUCUUUAAAUGAUACUAAUUCUUUACGUUUAAAUGGUAGUUCAUCUAAUGUAACAACUUCUCGAAAGAAUAAUCAAAGUUUCAUUGCCGGAUCUGUAUUGACUUUGCGAUUGAAGUUAUUUAGCCACUUAGGAUUGCCACUAAAAUUGGAUCGUAUGCUUGUGACUGUUCAAUGUCAUAGAAAUGAUCCUUGGUUAUCGACAUUACCUAAUUCAGUGAAUAAUCGAAAUGAAAAAAGUUCACAAGAGACUAAUGCUCAGGUUCAAAAAUGUUCAUGUAUGAUUGGUACAGAUUCUCAACAAUUGCAACGAGAUUCAUCUGAAAGUAUUGAUUGUAUAAAUGGUUAUAACCGAUUAUCAUCGUGCUGUCAGAUACCAUCAGCUCAGGUAGAAAGAUAUUAUUGUCAAACACUACGAUUAACCGGUGUUAAAUGUUUGAAUGGUGAUCGUUUAUUACGACGUACAGAUUUUCUUGGUUAUCGAAACGGAUCCUUUGAUGGUUAUCAUAAAUUUAUGUCACAAUCAUUACCUAUAUCAUUACUAAAUCAACGUCUUUCUUAUGACGAUUAUUCCAAGUAUUUUCGUUUUUUGUCAUCACAAUUUCAAUUUUCUGUUCUGAAUUCUGAUGAAAUAUUAAUGCUGGAAACUGGUUCAAAUGAAUAUGAACUUCGAUUCUAUUCACCUGAAAAUCUGCACACAAUUGCCCAACAAUUAGAUCUUUUUGAUCAAUCUGAAUCGGCCCCAACAAAUCAUCACAUUAAUCAUCUUUGGUUUAAUCUUGAUCAAUUAAUUUUGUUUUGUCACUUUGAUAAUCAAUUGCAAAAUUCAUCAGCUAUGGAACAGAAAAAUCAGACAAUGAACUUUGCAUUAAUUGAAGAUUUUUCUACUGCCAUUCGUUCUAUCAAUUUUAAUCGAUCGAUCAGCGGAGGUAACGCACAUGGAAUCUCUAGUUUUCGAUUAGUCGAAUGUCCGCCAUCUAUCGAAUUGGUGCCAUUAUUUGAACCAGAAGAAUCGAAUUUUCAAACAAUGUCUAAUAUGUGUUUUAUUGGUAUUGAACAAUCAGUAUGUUUAAGAUUAAAUUCAGGCACUUCAAAACUACCAAAAGGCUUAAAAUGUUUUAUUAAAAUCAAUCAAAUAUCAUCUAUGCCAUCAAGCACGGCAAUCAUUUCUAGUAAUCAUAUGGAGCCAUUUGAAUAUAAUUCUCGUCUUAUCAACGUUACGUUAUAUCAACCAAAUGAUAAUGAAGAACUUUUUUAUUUUUUUCUUGAUCAUCAAUUGGAACCUUUUGAAACAUAUCAAUUGAAUUUACGUCUUCGUUCAUCGUAUCACCGAUCGAAAUUGAUUCAAAUUCAUGGUACAAAUAAUUGGAAUCAAAUUUCCAGCAUUGAUUCGAAGCCAAAACAUGGAGGAUCAGCAAGCCAAGUUGAUCAAUAUGAAUUCCAAUUAUCAUUAACAUGGAAGAAUUCGGAUAAUGUUCAGACAUUCGACCUGCCAUUCAAUCAAUCAUCGUUGGAUACUCAAAUGGCCUGUUGUCAAUUUACUUUAUCUGAUCCAUUCGAUGUUUUUCCUCGUGUAUACACGCCUUCUCCACAACGUAAACUUUUAAAAAUUCAAGUUCGUGGCUCUCAAAGAUUGCCAUCUUAUAUUGAACUAUAUUUUCAACAUCCUACAUUGAUUGUUCCAUUUUUGGAUUCAAAUGAAAUCAAUAUACUAAAACCGAUUGGUAUGGAAAACGAUAUAAAUGACCAUGAAUUUCAACAAAAAUUGAUGGCAUCCAGUGAAAUCAAUUUUGUAUGGGUUUUAGAAACAAAUCAUAAUCAUUUGUUGAAUUUAAACAAAAUGAAUCUCGAACUUCAGUUUAAACCUAAAUUCAUUACAAAUGAAUCGAUUCUUUUAAGUAAUGAUAACCAACAAUUUGGAUCGAUAGUAAAAAUUUCUUAUAUAAUAUCGAUACAAUAUUCCUGUCGAACACGAUAUACAAUCAGACAGUGGAUCGAACCAUUGAUCAAAAAUCAAACUGGCACUAAAAAUAGUACUAGUGAAAUCAUACGGAUUGGACAUUCAUGUUUAUUGCGUAUUAAAAUUGAACGUUUAGAUUCUAGUGAUGAAGAUGAAUUCAUUAUGUAUGAAUUGAUUUGUGAUCCACAAUUAUGGCAGUUUGUUUCAAUUAGUUCUUCACAACAAUUAGAAGAUUCUAACAAUAAUAUUGACGAUAGUAUUAGUGAAUUGAAUGGUGGUCCUGUAUCGAUAAGUUCACAUCAAUCAUUACAAUCAACUACAACACUUUCGUCAAUGGCGAUAAAUGAUGGAUCUCGAGUGAUCAAAUUCAUAGGUCAAUCAUCAUCGAACAUGGUUAAUAAUGAAGAAUCACAAUCACAACGACGAUCAUUUGAAACAUCAUUUGAAGUAGUACCAUUAAUAGACGGAUAUAUACCAUUACCUUUAGUUCGAUUAUCUCAAUAUAAAAUAAUAUCAAAUGAAUCUAACAAUGUACAUGAUUCUGGACGAAUAACACCAAAUACUAAUAAUCGCAUUGGUCAAUCUUCCAAUAAUACUUUGCAAAAAACAACAAGUAAUGCAAUCGAAUCAAUUUCAGCAAUGCUAUCAGAAAAUCUUUCGUUAUCCGGAAAAAAUUGGUCAAAAUAUCUUACAUCAUCGAAUAGUUCACAACAAGAACAACGAAUCAAUGUUGAUAAUAAUAAUGAUGCUCAACAGCAAUCAUCAUUGAAUUCAAUUACAUCAUUACGUAAUGCACGAUUAGAACCAUUCGAACCUGGACAGGUAUAUAAUUAUAAUCGUUCCAGUCAAGUUUAUGUAUUACCUUCGAAUGUUGGCGGUAGUCAAAACAUUGAAAAUUAAAUGAAAUUUUUAUUAUUUUCUUCAUUUUAUUUAUCCUUGUUCGUUGUUUUUGUUUUUUUACUGUUUGUCAUCAUUAACUUUA